GGAUACACCCCUCUGACCCUUGACGUCUGUGCGUAGAUUACAUUGCAGCGUGAAAAAUGGCGUCCGUGUCAGAUAUGUACGAUGUGACCUGGGAAGAAAUGCGUGAUAAACUUAGAAAAUGGAGAGAAGAAAAUUAUCGCAACAGUGAACAAAUUGUGGAAGUGGGUGAAGAAUUAAUUCAGGAACAUGCGUCAAAGCUUGGAGAUGACAUUUGGAUUAUUUAUGAGCAAGUGAUGAUCGCUGCCCUGGACUGCAGUCGGGAUGACUUGGCUACGACAUGUCUUCGUGAGCUGCAAAAACAAUUUCAAGGUAGCCACAGAGUGAAGCGACUAGCUGGCAUGCGUCUUGAAGCUUUGGAGAGGUAUGAUGAAGCCUUCAAAAUGUACAAUGACAUAUUACAAGAUGAUUCGACCAAUACAGCUGCAAGGAAGCGUAAGAUUGCCAUUCUCAAAGCCCAAGGAAAAAGCACAGAGGCCAUCCGGGAGCUGAAUGAGUAUCUGGAGCAAUUUGUUGGGGACCAGGAGGCUUGGCAUGAACUAGCAGAGCUUUACAUCAACGAGCAUGAUUAUGCAAAAGCAGCAUUUUCCCUAGAGGAACUGAUGAUGACCAAUCCACACAAUCACUUGUACUGUGAGCAGUACGCAGAGGUUAAGUACACCCAAGGUGGAAUCGAGAAUCUGGAACUGUCAAGAAAGUACUUUGCGCAAGCACUCAAGCUAAACAACAGAAAUAUGAGAGCUUUGUUUGGCCUGUACAUGUCUGCAAGCCAUAUUGCCGCUAGCCCUAAAGCGAGUGCUAAAGUGAAGAAAGACAAUGUGAAGUAUGCAGCUUGGGCAGCAAGCCAGAUCAAUAGAGCUUACCAGUUGGCAGGUCAUGGAACAAAAGAGACCAAGUGUUCUCUGAAAGCAGUGGAGGAGAUGUUGGAAUCCAUGCAGAUUAUGCCAUCGUAGACCCCGCCAGACCAUUUAUAUACAACAGCUCAACCUGCCACUUCACUGCACACAGACAAGCUUGAAUAUCUUGAAUACUUUUUUUUUUUCAAAACAUUGCUUCACUGUUAUCCUUGUAUAUAAGUUUUGUUUUGAUUAAUUUAUCAGAGAUUGCCUUGAGAAUCUGACAAAUAAAAACACACUUUACACGUCUCAUAUAUUUACUUUUUCCUUGAAGGUGGUAGCAGAUAGCUAAGCUCAAAUACUAUAUAACAUAAUAUAAUUUCCAACCUGAAUUAUAUAGUUAAGGUGACCAUAUGGCUCUUUGUUCAGUGGGACAGUUCAGCCUUUUCAACUUCUGCUAUUUACCUGAGUGCAUUGGGUUGUGAGUUGAAACACAGAGCCAUAUGGCCACCUUAUAUGUGUUACAACUACCAAAUCUAACCUUUUGUACAUAGCGAUGGAAGAUUAAUGAAGUUUUACAUUGUAAUGUGUCAAAUAAAGCAUUUUGUCAUUGCCCCCACACUAUAUAAAUGUUUCUGUACCGUUUGAGUUCAUAUUUUUUUUCAAGUAAGUACUUGCUUGCUUACUGUAUGUGGGUGUCAGAAUUCAUUGAUUAAACAGUUCCGUAUAA